GGGAAGAGAGACAGGUGGAAAGACAACAGCAGGAAGAUGCCCCGAGUGUUGCAUCGAGCGCCGCGAUGGCUGGACUAUGGCACGCCCGGCUUCCACUUCUUCCAGGAGAGCAGCGACAGGCAAGCCAGCGACGCUCCGGCUCAUGAUACGGCAUCGCGCCGGAUUGCGCAUCGCGACAACGAGGUCUUCUAUGCGGUGGGCAAAGAGCUGCGUUGGUCCACCAUCGACAUUCUCAAGGAGGCCAAUGAGGGAGGUCCGCCGCCAUACAAAGUCCUCGUCACGCCGGUGCCGGCAGACCGACCGAUCCAGCAAAUCUCCAUCUCGCGCGAUGGAAGCUUCGUCGCCGUAUUGACCACCCACACCUGCCAUGUCUGCAUCCUCCCGCCCUCCGAGAGCCUCGACUUCUCCGGCCAGCAGAGCCUCAAGCUGAAGUACUUCACCGUCGGCGAGACGGCGCACGUCCGCGAGAAUUCCCCUCUGGUCAGCGCCAUCUGGCACCCACUGUCACCCUCCGGGACUGGCUUGGUCACCAUUACAAAGGAUGCCUGCGUGCGGCUGUGGGAGUUGGACCAGGAUAAUAGAAUCUCCUUCAGUCAGCCCACUGUUGCUGUCGAUCUCAAGAAGCUGGCCAACGCUACUUCCGCGAAGGACGAUUUAGGUGCCAGCAAGUAUGGCGCCAACAAAGGCUAUUCCGCCGAUGAUGUGGAUAUGCUGGUUGCAGGCGCAUGCUUUGGCGGUCAAGGCUUGGAGGAAGAAGAUGGCUGGUCCAGUAUGACCCUCUGGGUUGCCAUGACCGAGGGAGAUGUCUAUGCCCUGUGCCCUUUCUUGCCUACUGAUUUCUGGGCUCCCGCUACUUUACUGCCGAGCCUGACUACCAGUGUAGUCGCAAAGGCCACCUUUCUCGCCUACGACGGGGAUGCUUCGGAUGCGGAGAAGCGCAUUUCCCGACAACAGGAAGCCUGGUUGCAGGAGCUGGACGAGCAGGAUCCUGUUUGUCCUCCUGGGCACUAUGACUUCGAGGUCUACUCCCGACCCAAGAAGCUCAGCCCGAUCGCAAAGCUGCAGGGGCCAUUUCAACUUUCGCCCGAGCCUCUGGAUGGUGAGAUCACAGACAUACAUGUCAUUGCGCCCAAGGUCAACCAGGAGGACCUCUUUGAAGACGAGGACUUUGAAGAUCUAGCCGUUGGCGAAGGCUUGAGUAUUGGCAUAGUCUGUCUGGCCACAAGCACCAAUCAGGUCCACGUCUGCCUGAACGUGGAAGGUGUCGAGGCUGAGUGGUUGCCUGCGAAGCGUCCCCGUACGUUUCAGAUCGAAGAGGCUAUAUCACAUAACUUGCUACUCUUUGAGACCAUCGACCUCGCGACAAAGGGUGGUUCCGCUGCAACAUAUCCUACGUUUACCACAUCCCCCGCCGAUCGCUAUGAGCUCUUCACGACACAACCGUCUGGCAUCUAUAGCUUGUCCUUCAGGCCAUGGAUUGCCAUUCUUAAGGACGAGCUAGCCGCUUCGGGGGGAUCGCACGGCAUCGGCUUCCGAGUCGAUGUCAUCCUGAAAAGCUCUACUACGCUAGUCGAAGACAUCACUGGCGACGUCAACGAACCGCUCGAGUAUGCCAAUGCUGCGAUUGUGGUCCUUGAUGACGCCGACGCAGAAUAUAUUGCCCUCACUUCAGUUGCCUCUCGACCUCUUGCCGCUGUUCUCGACAAGCCAUCCAGCGCUACUCACGGCUUUGAGCCUGACAAUCCUUUCCAAAGCAACCCACUUCUCACGCCUGAGGCUCGUACUCCAUACAUCCCUUCGCCUGUCUUCUUCAAGGCCUCUCGCCUCCCAGCUCAAAUUGAAGAAUGGCGACGUGCAAGUGCCACAGGCGUAGAUCAAGGGAAUAUCAAAGGUGCCGUGAACUUCUCACCCUAUACUCUACAGAAAAUCACGGCUGCUCAUCAAAUUGUGGCGAAUGAGACACACGACCUGAACACAGCGGCCGCCGAUCUCUUCCGAAGGAUGGAGCGCAUGCUCAAUGAGAUGAAGGCACAGAUAGAUCGUGUGCGCGAUCUCUCUAAUCGCGUGAACUCUGUCACUGGGGAGGACGAAUUCCCGCAGAGUCAUAGACCUGGCGAUCCGGAAUUGGUUCGAGGUGGACGAAACAAAAUUCAGAAACGAGUCGAACAGCAGAGGGAGAAAACAAAAGAGAUUCAGGAUCGUGUAGAGCGGUUGAGAAAUAAGAUGCGGAAUGUCGGCGGCAAAGAGAUGUCUUUGAAAGAGAAGCAAUUUGCGGAAGAAGUCGACAGGAUCCAGCAGACUCUAUUGGGCAAGCAGCAGUCUAACCCCACUGGGCCCACGGGUAUCUUGGAUAUGGAGAACAGCAGUCUCACUGCCAGAACUGAAGAGGAUGAGGAGCAGAAGAGUCUGGAAGCGAGAUUCGAAGACGUGCAGAGGGUGGUCAAGCAACUACAGGCUCAGGCGGAACAGAUUCAAAGUGAGAGGGAAAAGAGGGAUGAAGAAGCCGCUGUUGCCGACUCGAGACCAACUUCGAGAGCGACCUCCAUUACGCAGGGCGCAGAUUAUCGACAGAGGAAGAUGGAUCACGUAUGGGCAUUGCUAGAUCGAGAAUCCGCGCUUGUGGAUGCCGUCAGUGCGAGGCUGGAAGGGCUUCAAAUGGGGACGAGGGAGGCGAUGCUCUAAUGGACAGUAUUCCAUAGCUCGUCCGAAUUGCCUUACUCUAUUUCCGCACCCAUAUCCUCCAGAAAUGGGCUGUUCACUCCAUAAU